GAAACAGAAAGUGUGCAGUGCUUCUUCGCGCUCUCCUCAACAGUCAGUCUCCUCGUCCUGACGGUUCACUGUGAAGCAGCCUGACACAGUUGGUGACCUGAACAUCAGCUGACUGAAGAUUCACAGUCAGAAGCAGAAGCUCAGAGUUCAGCCUGUUCACCUGGACCACACACCUGCAGAUCUGAAGAUGGACUCAACAACAAGAAGAAGAGUGAGCAGAGAGCUGCCUCCUAAUCUGUCUGAGUUAAUGGACACAUUAAUUAAAUAUGCAAAUUCAUUCAUCAAAGACUUUGACAGCAGUGAGGGCAGGAUGAGACAGAUUGUCAGAGAGUUUCAGGAGAUCGCUGCUAAGGUGAGAAAGAUGCAGGGGACAACAGAUACAGUCAGAACAGGAGGAGCUGUUGCCGGAGGAGUAGCCCUCAGUGCCGGGAUCCUUUUUGCUCCUUUCACUGGAGGAGCAAGCUUAUUAUUAGGAGGAGCAGCAGCAGCAGCUGUUGGAGGUGGUACUGUUGUUGGUGCAAAUAUAACAAAAGUUUGGAAAGAGAGUGGAAGUGCAGAGGAAGUAGAAAAGCUGGGGAGAGAAUUCAGGUGGAUAGUUGAACCAAUGAAGAAGAAGCUGGAAGAAAUACAGACCACAUGUAAAGAGCUGGAGGAAAAAUCAUCUGAAGUUCAGGCUGAAAAAACUCUGAGAGACAUGAAGGAAUUCAACAUGAUCCUGACACUAAUAUCUGAACUGAGAGAAAAGGCUGAAGGAGUUUUGGAGAUACUUGUAACUGCGUUUACUUCAAUAGAUGGUCUGUUUCGUCUCAUUGUGGCUGUCUUCAGAGUCACUGCGACCCCUGAGCAGGAUGAACAGUUGAGAAAAUCCAUCAUCCAGUCAGCUGGUCAGUGUAGCAAGGUCACUGAUGAGUUUGAUAAGAUGAAUAAGAAACUCAGAAAGUUAUUAGAACAGUAAAGAGACAAACAUCAAGAAACACCAGGCGUUGGUGAUGUCAGAGUCCCCACCCCACCAGGAAGUAACAACUCACCUCACAAAAACACUGGAAAGAACCUUUCUUUGUUCCACGGACGGCCAUCUUGUCGUUGAGUCCGCCAUCUUGUUUUCCUUGUUUAAGCUGUGUGGUAACAGCAACCAUUUUGAAUCGGCCAAUUUGUUUUUGUUUGUGUUCUCACACGCACGCACGCACGCACGCACGCACGCACGCACGCCUGUAUAUACUUCAGAUGCAACAUUCAUUUGGAGCGACAAGAACUGCCUCCUUCUGAACACCUCCAAGACCAAGGAGAUGCUCAUGGACUUUGGGAGGUCUCGGCCCUUCAGCCAGUCAACAUUCGAGGGAAGGACAUUGAGGUGGUGCACACUUAUAAAUACCUAGGUGUGCACCUGGACAGUAAACUGGACUGGUCCCUGAACACAGAUGCCAUCUACCUGAAGGGGCGGAGCCGCCUCUUUUCCUCAGGAGGCUCAGGUCCUUUGACGUCUGCAGUGAAAUGCUGCACAUGUUCUAUCAGUCAGUGGUGGACAGACUCUUUUAUGCUGCAGUCUGUGGGACGGCAGCAUGUCAGACACGAACACAAAGAGACUGUGUCUGUGCUGCAGGAGUCUGGACUCACUCAGGACUGUUGUGGAGAGACACAUGCAAUGUAAGAUGGAGGACAUCUUGGACAAUACCAACCAUCCUCUCCACAACAUUAUGGCAGGACAGAGAAGCAGCUACAGAAGCAAACAUCUCAUCUCACUGCAGAACAGAGAGGUUCAGGAGAUCCUUUGUUCCCACUGCCAUCAAGCUAGGCUGGUUUAUAGGUUAUUAACUGUUAUUAUUAUCAACAAUGAGCUAAUGGACACAUGAGUUUCACCUAGGGGAUAAAUAAAGUAUCUGUCUAUCUAUCUAUCUAUCCACUUUUACCGUCCUUGUAAAUAAAAGUCUUUUGGUGUAUCUUCUGGUGUGAAUACUGUUAACUUCAGUAAAAACUUUAGUCCUUCA